AUGGCAAAUACCGAGCAGUACGAAAUAUCCGAUUGGAAACAAGACAUUUCGCUGGCUCAAGCAGCCCACAUUGACGCCUUUGCCCUGAACAUUGCCUACGCUACGCCACACAUGGAAAGAGCGACCGCCGAUGCCUUUGCCACCGCAGAAGAUCUGGGAUUUCUCCUCUUCUUUUCCUUCGAUUACGAAGGAAAUGGAACUUGGCCACAAGACCAGAUCAUCAGUUACCUGCAGAAAUAUGCCCCUAGUUCAGCCUAUUACAACUAUAAAGGCAAGACUUUUGUGUCUACGUUUGAAGGACCGGAAAGUGCCGAUGACUGGGUUGCUAUAAAAAACAGAACGAAUUGCUUCUUCGUUCCAGACUGGUCAUCUGUUGAGCCCACAUCUGCUCUCAAGCUCGCUGCUGGCGUGGUUGAUGGACUGUUCUCGUGGGCGGCCUGGCCAACAAACACUGAAGAAAUGAACACCUAUGCCGAUGCGUCGUAUCUCGACUCUCUCAAAAAAUCCGGCAAGCCUUAUAUGAUGCCGGCAUCUCCUUGGUUCUACACCAAUAUGCCGGGGUACAACAAGAAUUGGGCUGUGCAAGGGGGCGACUUGUGGUACAACCGAUGGGUGGAGAUUGCCUAUCUCGAGCCCGAAUGGGUUGAGAUAAUCUCCUGGAAUGAUUACGGCGAGUCACAUUAUAUUGGACCACUUGACGAUAAAGGCUACGGUGUGUUCACAUCAGGUAAGGCACCCUACAAUUACGCUCGAGGCAUGCCACACGACGGCUGGCGACUUCAUCUGCCUUUUGUCAUUGACCUGUACAGAACAGGCACAGCGUCUAUGACAGAGGAAAGCUUGGUUGUUUGGUAUCGAGUAGAGACUGGGCGUUCCUGCUCCAAUGGGAAUACUACUGGGUUCACGUUUUCUGGGCUGCAAAUCGCCACCGAGGAUUGGCUUCAGGACAAAAUCUUCUUCUCGGCACUCUUGGCAUCCAAUGCCUCAGUUUCAGUCAACAUAGCGGGUCAGGAAUAUGACGCUCGGUGGGAGUACGAGCCUUACGGGGGCAUAGGCAUCUAUCAUGGCAACUUUGGCUUGAAUAAAGGCCACCUUGGGAACAUCGCUGUGAGUAUCUCACGCGAUGACCAAAGGACGGUUCACCUGGAUGGUCGCUCUCUCACGGCGAGUUGCACCCAGGGUUUUGUGAACCUCAAUGCUUGGGUGGGAAGUGCUACCUCGGGAAGCACUAUGCCCGUGACUUCACCAAAUAUGUCACUUUCUGAGCAAGUGUGCGUCAAGGGAUCGGGUAGCUCAGAUUUUACAGACCUUUUGCAAUGGGUGCCGCCAACAAGAAACCAAAGCCUACAAAAGAUGAGGGACACCCCAAAAAUGACCUCCAAAGUUAUACUGGACUGUGUUCCUUUGCGUGCUACUAUGGAUUCUGUCCCAAUGAUUUCUGUUCUGCAAGCAAAGGAGGAUCAAGCCCUAUAUUACUUGAUAUUGAUAUUGGACAUCCUGGAAAGCGUGUAG